AUGACCGACUCUCUCAAUCCUCCUCUCUCCUAUGAGGCUUCGGCCACUACUACCCAUCGCCAUGAGGCCGAUUCCCUCCCUUCCGAGGUGGUUGUCUGCCUGAAGAACUCCCGCUUCCUUCAUCUGGCAACAUGCGAUAACCUCACCCCUCACAUCUCCCUGAUGUCCUAUACAUAUCUCCCCUCAACCCCCUACGACCCGUACCCAACAAUCAUCAUGACCACGAACCCCGCAUCGCGAAAGACGAACCACCUCCUCUCAAACCCACGCCUCUCCCUCCUCGUCCACGACUGGGUCUCACACCGCCCACCGACCCGGGCUCCGAAUCCCGAUGGUCGUGAGGGCUCUCCCCACCCGCAGCGAGCCUGGUGCAAGGAGAGACAUCUGGAAAAUAAUACUUUUGAAGAGGAGGAGAUUACCUUUGGUCAGCAGCAGCGUGGGGAUCCCAGUCAGAGACGCCCGAGUAUGUCGAUUGAUAGCGAUGUGCGUGUGGUGACGGUGCAAGUGCGUGAGGGCCGGAUUGCUGAUUGGAAGGGUGGAGUGAGGGAUUGGGUUUUGCUUCCUCGGGAACAGGAGCAGGCUGGUCUCGUCAAUGGUGUAUAA